CAGGUUAGAAAAACUCAGUCAAACACCUGCAUGAGUCCAUCUUUCCUCCUGGAGAAUGCCUUCCCAUGCCAACCUCUGUGGCUUUCCGCCCUCCAUCCACACUUCACUUCUGUGCAUAAGCCAGAGUAGGACUUCCCGAUUUUAGAAUCCAGGUGGGGGCGACAAAGGAACACAGGAGAGUUAGUAACAAGGAAGAGCUUCUCUAGGGACACGCCCACCUCCCCACCUGGACUCCCCCACCCCUAAAUUCCUCCCCCCUCCUGAUUGGCAGCCAGCUGGCUAAAGCAGGAACUCUGCCCUUGCAAUCCAGGUGUGAGUACUGGAAGUUCCUGUCUUUCCGGCUGUUUACGGUUACUCGGGUUCUCAGGUUGCCCUGGGACAUCCAGUUGGACACGGCCCCUCCCCGCCCCAGUUCUGUGGCCAGCAGGUCAAAGUCGCUCCAGCUACAGUGGAAGCGAAAUCACUGCCAGUCCUGUGCCAACACACGGUGGGGCCACAAUCCACUCCCAGACUGCACUGUCAGCUCCUUGAAAAAAUACAGGCAAACGCUCAUCCUACUUCCUCAUUCCUGGGUCAUGGUAUAAGCUUUGGAAUUGCAGCUAAGGUCUUUCGGUGCUUUUCUGGGACUUUGACUUUGGUGGCUGCACCAUUUCUCAUUGUAUGGAUAAGUCAGAAUAUAUUAAACCAGCCCCCACCUGAUGGACAUUGGAUUGUCUCCAGGUUUUUCUGUCCCAUACACAACACUGCAUUGAUCAUCGAGAGCUCUUUAUGUGUAUGUAGCUGUGUGUGUGGGAUCCAUACCCUGGCCUCGGAGCCAUUUUUUGGCCAGAGCGUUCUCCUCCCUCUUCUCUGCCUCUGGAGGAGAAGUCACCAGUGUCCCAAGGCCCAAGGGAGGCAUGUUCAGGAAUGUGGCUGCCAUCUAUUUGCACCUGGCUGGGCUCUUCCAGAGAAAGAAGGCUGGAACUUCUCUCACUCGGUGCAUGCACCAGACUUUCGCCAUGUCCAAGCGGCUCCAGGCUCGUCGGCUGGACGGGAUUGACCACAACCCAUGGGUGGAGUUUGGUAAAAUGGCCAGUGAGUAUGAUGUCGUGAACUUGGGCCAAGGCUUCCCCGACUUCCCACCCCCAGACUUCGCCAUUCAAGCCUUUCAGCUCGCCCUCAACAGCGACUUCAUGCUCAACCAGUACACCAAGGCAUUUGGUUACCCACCCCUGACAAAGAUCUUGGCAAGUUUCUUUGGGAAGCUCCUGGGACAGGAGAUAGACCCGCUCAAGAACGUGCUGGUGACUGUGGGUGCCUAUGGAGCCCUGUUCACAGCCUUCCAGGCCCUGGUGGAUGAAGGGGAUGAGGUCAUCAUCGUGGAGCCCUUCUUUGACUGUUACGAACCCAUGACAUUGAUGGCAGGGGGUCGCCCUGUGUUUGUGACCUUGAAGCCGAGCCCCACCCAGGACGGGGAACUGGAUUCUGCCAGCAACUGGCAGCUGGACCCCACAGAGCUGGCCAGCAAGUUUACCUCUCGUACCAAAGCCCUAAUCCUCAACACACCCAACAACCCCGUGGGAAAGGUGUUCUCCAAGGCCGAGCUGGAGCUGGUGGCCAGCCUGUGCCAGCAGCAUGACGUGAUCUGCAUCAGUGAUGAGGUCUACCAGUGGCUGGUCUACGAUGGUCACCAGCACAUCAGCAUCGCCAGUCUUCCUGGCAUGUGGGAGCGUACCCUGACCAUUGGCAGCGCUGGUAAGAGCUUCAGCGCCACUGGCUGGAAGGUGGGCUGGGCCCUGGGCCCGGACAGUCUCAUGAAGCACCUACGUACCGUCCACCAGAACACUAUCUAUCACUGUCCCACGCAGGGCCAGGCCGCCGUGGCCCAGAGCUUCCAGCACGAGCAACUGCACUUUGGCCAACCCAGCAGCUACUUCGUGCAGCUGCCGCAAGCUGUGCAGCGCUACCGGGACCACAUGAUUCGCAGUCUGCAGUCUGUGGGCCUGAGGCCCGUGGUCCCCCAGGGCAGCUACUUCCUCAUCGCAGACAUCUCAGACUUCAAGACCCAGAUGCCGGACUUGCCAGGCGAUGCAGAUGAGCCCUACGACAGACGCUUCGUCAAGUGGAUGAUCAGGAACAAGGGCUUGGCGGCCAUCCCGGUCUCCGUCUUCUACAGCACCCCACAUCGGAAGCAAUUUGACCACUAUGUCCGCUUCUGUUUUGUGAAGGACGAGUCCACGCUCCAGGCCAUGGACGAGAAGCUGCAGAAGUGGAAGGAUGAGCUGAGGCCCUGACGUGGCCCCGCCUGGUUCCGGCUUGCUCUGUGCCUGCGUGUCAGCCCCUCCCGGGCUGGGCGUAGAUAGAGCUUGGGGCUGCCUACUCUGUGACACAGGAUGUCCCCCAGGGAAGAGCCCUCCUUCGUGGUCUUGGUGGGUUCUGGAGCGCUUCCCACAGAACCUAUAUGGGAAGGUGGACCUGACCCGGGCCUCUCCCUGCUCCUCCCUAGGUCGGGUCACAGAGUCUUGGGUCCCCUCCUUGUCUGGGACUCAAGAGAACAGAGUCCAGCAGUGUCCUGGCCUUGAGUCCCAGCCCUGCUCUGGCCCCAGCCCAGGCUCCGGCAUCCCUGCCUUUCCUGAUCUGCUUUGGUAACCUCGGGAUGUGGCCUUUAGGCUCGAGUUCUCAAGCGAGUACUUUUCAUCCAUAAUAAAGUUAUAAGUUAUUUACACUCUUA